AUGAAAGGUUAUUAAAAGACUUUUCAAAAUCACUAACUAAUGUAGAAUUAAUACUAUUAGAUAUUUUAAUUUUACGUAAAUAGAGCUUAAUUAAAUAUAUAAACUGAGCUAGUUAUAUAAAAAGAAGUUUAAAACCCAAGUAAGCUUCAUGCAAGCAAGAAAAAAAUGUAUAUACAAUAAGUAAGGCAGUUAUAUAAAGAGAAGAUUUAAAAACCAACUAUGCUACAAACAAACUAGAAAAAAAUUUAUAGAUGUUUCAAUCAAUCUCAAUCUGACAAAAUGAAUUAAAUAAUACUUUCGAAAAAUCCUUAUAACAUUGAAACAGGAAAUGAUAGUACACUGUAAAAAUCAUUUAGUUAGGAGUAGCUUUCUUCUUAAUUGAUUAGCUAAUUAGAAACUACAAUAGGAUUAUAUUCGAUCUCAUUUAUAUUUUAAAUUUAAUAUAAAUAAAAUUCAUAAUUUAUUAAUUUAUAUUUCAAAAUUUUAAAGUAAUAUCCAUCUACUAAUUCCUCAUUAUAGUUUUCUACUUUUUUUUAAAAGAAUUAGACUUAAAUAUUAGCUUUUAAUGUUGUAUAAACCCCAGUCCUCUCUAAAUACUCUUUGAUAUUUUAUUCAUUUAAUCCUUAAGGAGAAAAUGUUUUAGUUUGGUUAAUAUAUUUAGAGUUGUAUUGCUAAUCUUCUGAUUGA